UGUGGUGCCCGCAGGGUCAUUGCCAUCCCUGGGGUAGGGCAGAGCCCCUCCCUGGGGAGCAGAAGCUGCUCCUGCUGCCACCCCCUCCGCAGCAGGCACGGGGAGGAGCCAGGGCUCUUAGGGCUGCUCCCUGGCCACGUUCACCCCUUGGCCAGCCCGGGUCAGUCACACCUCAGGGUGCACAGAGAUGGGGGUCCAGCUGCCUGGUGACACCCCAGCCCUGUCCCUGCAGGUCUGUCCCGGGCAGGCACCUCUCCAGCCCCCAUCACUGCUGCAGCACCAGGGCAGCUCCGUGGGGCAGGCGCUCGUGUGCACAGGUGCCAGGUCCUGCUGCUGGGUAAACCACACCGCUGUGUGAGGCUGCCUUCCUGGAGAGCCCCUUCCCUCUGCACCCCACAUCCUGCCAGCUGUCCUGGUGCCAUGGUCAGUGGGCACAGCCUUGUGCACACGUAUGUUGGAUUUGUGUGUUCCCUUGCUGCCCAGGCCACAUCACUAUGCAGAGAGAGGUUUUCUCAUUCCCCACUGGCCCCAAAGGGAGCCCCUUCCUGCCCAGCUGCAUCGCUCUCCUUGCUGCACUCCAGAUUCACCAUCCGAUGGCAGCCCAGUUCAGAGUGAUUGGACCAGGCCAGCCAGUUGUUGUCACCAUGGGAGAGGAUGCUGUCCUCCCCUGCCACCUGUUGCCCCCCAUGAGCGCUGAAAGCAUGGAGGUGCGGUGGCUCCGGCCUGGGUUCUCUUCCUACGUGCACUUGUACCGAGGCGGACAGGAUCAGGAUGGGCAGCAGAUGCCUGCAUAUCGGGGCAGGACUCAACUUGUGAAGGACGACCUCAGCGAUGGGAGCGUCUCUCUGAGAAUACGCAGCGUCCGACGCUCUGACCAUGGGCUGUACACCUGCUUCGUCCGGUCCAAUGACUCCUCAGGUGACGCUCUGUUGGAGCUGCAGGUGACAGGUCCCUAUUUCCCAUGGGCGGUGGCUCUGGCCGUGAUUCUGCCCCUUGUCGUUCUCCUGGGCAGUUUCUGCCUCUGGCGGCAGCACCGUGUGACAGCAAAGUAUGAAGCAAUGAAAGAAUUUGCCGGAGCCCGACAAUAUGCAGGCCAUGUGACUGGCCAUCUCACCUGGCAAGGGCUGAUGUCAUUUGGAAACAUCGGCCCACAGCCAACGGGGCUGCUGGUGGUGGGAUUUUAG